GGAAGUCAAGAUCAGAGAGGCCAAACGUACAUGUCAAAGAACCUCAUAGCUCCGUCUCAUUCAAUCCUUCUAUGAGUACGCCGCGCUCCGAGUGAACGGCCCAUCUCCAUGAUCAAUCAGACAUCAUCUCGACAACCUCACUAUCGGAAGCCCCGUUUUCUCGCCUCUCGCCAGUCGUUAUCCGCUGUGGUUGUGAAAGCGGCGGCAGAUCAGGAAAAGGUCGCAGGUUUGGCUUGCUUGAUGCUUCCCUCGCUGUCUCCGAUGGAGCACAAGUACCGUCGAUGUUCGACCUUGCGCGUGGACGGGAGGGCACCCUGUCAGGAACAACGUUUGCUGCUGUUUCUCGGACUAGCAGAAGGGUGAGAAGAGGAUCGACAGCAAGCGUUCUUGCCGUGUCAGGUGAGUAUGGUUUCCUUGACAUCUUGGAGACCUGUUCUCUGGAAUGCUCUCCGCGGGAUUUCUUCUCGCGACUUGUUUUCUCGGCGUCAGCGGCUUCCUCUGUUGGCGGCGUCCCGUGGCCCGCUCCAGUGUGGGAGGGUGCAUGUGGGCGACUAAGAUCUUCGCCAUCGCGAAGUUGAUGACGCGAGUGGUUGGACAGAGCUUUGGGAGGCACACUUCCCUGUAUCGCCAUGACGGUCUUGAAGGGGUGGAACGAGUGCCACUGCGGAAGUUCGUUGUCGGGAUCUUGUUCAUCAGAGCUGUCACUGCUGAUAUCGCACAGAUCGAAGUGAUCUCGUUCGUCGCUCAAUUCAUGCGGUGAUAACGUUGAGAAUGGGGCAGCCUUAGACGUGGACGGUGGGGAAGCGCGUGCCCUGGUAUGCUUCUUGGUCUGGAGCGGUGCGAUAGAUUGAGAGGGUAUGGGAGGAGCUGUUGUGCCCUCGUCGUCCUCGAGGGCACCGAAAAGCCGUCCCCUGCGGUCUUCCACUCCGUCAUCUAGGUCGUCCACGUCUUGUUCGAGCUCUGGAGUCUCUCCGCCCGAGCGGCGGCGAUAACAGCCUCGUAUGAUAUCGCCCCAGAGUAUGUAGGUGUUGCACGAAUCGCACUUACCACCCCUCGGAAUCACGUCAGACGUGGACGCGACCUCACGUCCGAGAAACUGGCGUGACAGGCAAGAGAGAUGGGACACAGCCGUGCAGGACGAUGUCAGACAGAGCGCCGUGGUUAAAGGAUCCGCAUCGGGUUGGACAGCAUCGUGACAGAUCAAACAUCGAAGGUCGCGGCCGGGUACGAAGAUCGAAGAUGCCUUGCGCAGGUGCUCAGAGGUGAAUUGGGCGUCUGUGACGUCUAUCGGUCCAGUCCGACCGGAACCUGUGAUGCCUGACUUUCCA